CGUCAGUAGAUUCUUAUGUCUUUUUUUUUGCAUCAAGGUUUUGUGGCCAUAGCUGGGGUUUUCCCUAAGACACGGAACACACAGAUGGCGAAGAAAACCGAUAAGAAGAAGGGGCGUUCUGCCAUCAAUGAAGUUGUGACUCGCGAGUACACCAUCAACGUACACAAGAGAAUCCAUGGGAUUGGAUUCAAGAGGCGAGCUCCAAGGGCUAUCAAAGAAAUAAAAAAGUUUGCUGAGAAAAUGAUGGGAACCCCUGACGUUCGUGUAGACACCAAUCUUAACAAGCAUGUUUGGUCAAAGGGUAUCAGAAAUGUACCUUUUAGAGUCAGAAUUCGUCUAGCUCGUAAGAGGAAUGAAGACGAAGACUCAGUUCACAAACUGUACACCCUCGUAACUCACGUCCCUGUGGCUACAUUCAAGGGCCUACAAACACAGAAGGUGGAAAGUGAGGAUUAGUAAACUGAACCUCUGUACAGAAAUAAAUUCUUCAAUAAACAAAAAUCUUGUUUCUUG